GCGCCUGGGGAUGAAAUCGACAUUUGCCUCUGGCAGGAAAGUGAGCCUGUCACACUCUGUCUCCGUUAGACCCUCCACCCACGGGAACGGGGGAUUUCGGUAGCCUUUUAACUUUCUAUCUCAGGAACCAGAAAGCCCAAGCCGGUGAAAGGCCAGGCAAGCUGCGCGCGUCCAGCAAACUGCCCAGAGGGGAGGCCCCGGAGCGGGGCUUCCCGGUCCCCCGCUCCUCACCUCCGGGGACUUCCAGGUCUUCCUCGCCCCCCACCCUCUCCCCGCCUCCCCCCGAGGGCGUCACGUGGCGGCGUGGGACCCGCCUCCGGUGACGUCACCGCGCUCGCAGCCGUCGCGCUGAAGAAAGGAUGCUCUAGGAUGCUGUGCAGGUGGGCGGCCGGACGCGCCAUGCGGCACUGCAGGUGUAACUAGCAUGGUCCAUGCAGGAGCGAUGAGUGGUUCUGGAAACCUGAUGGAUUUCCUCGAUGAGCCAUUCCCUGAUGUGGGGACAUAUGAGGACUUCCACACCAUCGACUGGCUAAGGGAAAAGUCACGGGACACCGACAGACACAGAAAGAUAACCAGCAAAAGCAAGGAGUCCAUAUGGGAGUUCAUCAAGAGUCUGCUGGACGCCUGGUCAGGAUGGGUGGUGAUGCUGCUCAUUGGCCUGCUGGCGGGCACCUUGGCUGGGGUCAUCGAUCUCGCCGUCGACUGGAUGACCGACUUGAAGGAGGGGGUCUGUCUGUCUGCCUUCUGGUACAGCCACGAGCAGUGCUGCUGGACGUCCAACGAGACCACUUUUGAGGACAGGGACAAGUGUCCCCUGUGGCAGAAAUGGUCGGAGCUGCUGGUGAACCAGUCAGAGGGCGCCAGUGCUUACAUUCUGAAUUACCUAAUGUACAUCCUGUGGGCAUUGCUGUUUGCGUUUUUGGCCGUCUCCCUGGUGCGCGUGUUUGCACCAUACGCCUGUGGCUCGGGUAUACCAGAGAUAAAGACCAUUUUGAGCGGCUUCAUCAUCAGGGGCUACUUGGGGAAGUGGACCCUGCUGAUCAAGACUGUCACCCUGGUCCUAGUGGUGUCCUCGGGCCUGAGCCUCGGGAAAGAAGGACCGCUGGUGCACGUGGCCUGUUGCUGUGGCAACUUCUUCAGCAGCCUUUUUUCCAAGUACAGCAAGAACGAGGGCAAGAGGCGUGAGGUGCUCUCGGCUGCCGCCGCUGCUGGAGUUUCCGUUGCCUUUGGGGCUCCAAUAGGAGGUGUGCUUUUCAGCCUCGAGGAGGUCAGUUACUACUUUCCCCUGAAGACCUUGUGGAGGUCCUUUUUCGCGGCCCUGGUGGCGGCCUUCACGCUGCGAUCCAUCAAUCCCUUUGGGAACAGCCGCCUUGUUCUCUUUUACGUGGAGUAUCACACGCCCUGGUACAUGGCCGAGCUCUUCCCCUUCAUCCUGCUCGGGGUCUUUGGGGGCUUGUGGGGAACGCUCUUCAUCCGCGGCAACAUCGCCUGGUGCAGGAGGCGCAAGACCACCAAGCUGGGGAAGUACCCGGUGCUGGAGGUCAUCGUGGUGACCGCCGUCACCGCCAUCAUCGCCUACCCGAACCCGUACACGCGCCGGAGCACGAGCGAGCUCAUUUCCGAGCUGUUCAAUGACUGCGGGGCCCUCGAGUCCUCCCAGCUGUGUGACUACAUCAACGACCCGAACAUGACGCGGCCCGUGGACGACAUCCCGGACCGGCCGGCCGGGGUGGGGGUUUACACAGCCAUGUGGCAGCUGGCCCUGGCACUGGUCUUCAAAAUCGUCAUUACCAUCUUUACCUUCGGCAUGAAGAUCCCGUCGGGUCUCUUCAUCCCCAGCAUGGCUGUGGGCGCCAUGGCGGGCAGGAUGGUGGGAAUCGGUGUGGAGCAGCUGGCUUACCAUCACCACGACUGGAUCGUCUUCAGGAACUGGUGCAGGCCCGGAGCGGACUGCGUCACCCCCGGACUUUACGCGAUGGUGGGAGCCGCCGCCUGCCUAGGCGGGGUUACCAGGAUGACGGUGUCGUUGGUGGUCAUCAUGUUUGAAUUAACGGGUGGCCUAGAGUACAUUGUGCCCUUGAUGGCGGCAGCCGUGACCAGCAAGUGGGUGGCCGAUGCCUUUGGGAAAGAAGGCAUCUACGAGGCUCAUAUCCACUUAAACGGGUACCCGUUUCUGGACGUGAAGGAUGAGUUCACCCAUCGCACGCUGGCCACUGACGUCAUGCGGCCACGGCGCGGAGAGCCGCCUCUGUCCGUGCUCACCCAGGACAGCAUGACCGUGGAGGACGUGGAGACGCUCAUCAAGGAGACCGACUACAACGGCUUCCCGGUGGUGGUCUCCAGGGACUCCGAGCGCCUCAUCGGAUUUGCCCAGAGGAGGGAGCUGAUUCUUGCAAUAAAGAAUGCCAGACAGAGGCAGGAGGGCAUCGUGAGCAACUCCAUCAUGUACUUCACGGAGGAGCCGCCCGAGCUGCCGGCCAACAGCCCGCACCCGCUGAAGCUGCGGCGCGUCCUAAACCUCAGCCCGUUCACGGUCACGGACCAUACCCCCAUGGAGACGGUGGUGGACAUCUUCCGGAAACUGGGGCUCCGGCAGUGCCUGGUGACGCGCAGCGGGAGACUUCUUGGCAUCAUCACGAAAAAGGAUGUUUUGAGACAUAUGGCCCAGAUGGCAAACCAGGACCCUGAAUCCAUCAUGUUUAAUUAGAAACAAGGUGGCAUUUAUUUUGAGAGAAACCCAACUGUGUCAUUUUAAAAGAAAUAAACAAAUGAUAUGUUAUUAUCCUAAUGAACGAUUAUACGCUAGGGGCAGUGGAAACAAAAGCUUUGUUUGAACGAAAGGAGGAUAAAACCUGGUGUGUGUGUGUGUGUGUGUGUUUUUUAAAGACAUCCACGAGUAGGCAUUUUAUAGCUUUAACCCCUUAUGAGUUUCCAGCUGUGUUUCUUAAUGAGUUUAUUAACUGCCGUGGGAGCAUGUGGGUGGGUGUAAACGAUGUGGUUUGUACAAGGACACAGAACACAAAUGCUGAGUCAAGAAACGCUUGCCCCUUCUGUUUAAGGCUGUUUGGGAAGCUUUGAGUCUAAGAGGCCAAGGGGUAUUGG